AUGGAACUACACAAAAACCAGUAAUUAAUCGAAAGUCAGAAAAUAUAAUAAAAGAUUUAAUAGAAAACCUUCAAGAAGAUUUAGAUUUUAUUUUAGAUAAGCUUCGCAUUCCAGUUCCAUGUAAAUUACAUGAAGCUGAAUAUAAUAAAAUUCGCAUAUUCGAUCCUGAAACUAAGAAAUAUUUAGGAGCAGGGCAUAGGAAAUGUCACGGAAAAAAACCAAUGAUUCAAGGUAAGUUGGAUGAUGAACAAAAGAAAGCACAUGGUGUUUGUAAAAAAUGUAUGUAUUGUAAUACCCAAUUGCCAGAUGAAGAAAAAAAUAAGGUAUUAGAUCACGAUUAUAUAACAGGAAGGUUUCGUGGAGCAUCAUACAAUACUAAAGUGACAGAUGAAAAAAUAGUGCUCAUAGCAAAUAAUUCUGAACAAUAUAUCACUUUCUCGGUCGGGCAACUUCAAUUUAUAGAUA